AGGAGGAAUAACAUGUUUCUGCUCUGUGAUGGAGACCCUCUUCAGGAUCUGGUUCUUUAUGGCUGUGAUGAGAUUAUCUGCUGCUGAGGCAUCGAAGGACCUGAAUGGACUUGUUGGAGGAAACGUCACUUUCCCAGGUCCUGUGUGGGAGACGGGACUUUUUUAUGGAUUCGUUCCAGAUAGAAGAAUGAAAAUUUUAGAAGAAAGAUUUGAAAGGGCUGCUGUGAAUAAUGGAGAACUUGAGAUUGUUGAUGACAUUUACACAAACAAACUUCACUGGAACAGAACCUCUGGACUCUUUACAAUCACAGAUCUGCAGAAGAAUGACUCUACACUUUAUAUCAUCGACUCUGAAAUAGGUUUAAUGUUCUAUAAUGUCAUGGUUUACGAUGGUGCUCCGACUCCUGCAGUAGAAACCCUGACUGUGAGCUCUGACAGCUGCUGGUUGCUCUGUUCUGUGGACAAAGCCACGUCUCUGCUGUGGUACAAAGAGCAGGAAGUACAGAACCAGAACAGUUCUGCUUCCUCUUUACCCAUCACUGUCCACAAAGAGGACAGAGACUCAUCCUACAGAUGUGUAGCAGCCAACCCUGCAGAAAACAAGACUCUCCAUGUUAACGUGACGACAGCAUGUGGGUUCAAUGAGACAGAAAGUGGUGACAACUCUGACCAAAGAGCAUACUGGAUCGUAGCAGCAGCGGUCAUGGGGCUGAUGAUGGUGGCGGUUCUGGUCGUCUGGAGGAUCAGUCAGAGGAAGACGAGCAUCAGAAAAACACCGGAAAAUAAAGCCUUGUGUCUGCAGACCAUCUCAUUGCCCGAACCAGAACUGAACAGACAUUGCCAUCCAGCUGAAUCAUCUCCUACAAGUGGAGGAACAAGAAGAGGACUGACAAAAACUGGUGAUGAAGAAGCCAGAGAACUCUGAUUUCUUAUCCUGAAGAGAAGAGGAGUUUCCUGAGAACCCUGAGCAGACCACUUAUGCAUGUUUAGAUUCAUGUCUGCCAUGUGCUCUGAACGGCGUGAAGGCUUUCUUUAUGUUGUGUUCUUAAUGGACUCUUUUUUUUUUUAUGUUUCUGUGUUAUUUCAACUGCCCUGUUCCACUGACUUACAUAAUCCCAUUCGUAAAGCCAAAUGUUGUUGGAAUUCUAAACAAUAACUGACUUACUAGACUUAUUGAAUAAGGAAACAGUGGAGUGAUGA